AUGCCUUCGCCGUAUCUAUCCUUCAUCGAGUCUCGACCGUUGCCCGAGUCCGGCACUGACGCGGCGACGUGGGAGAAGUUUUAUACCACUGAACAUCUCCCUGACUUCGUCAACAGCGGCCUCGCCACCCGCGCGGCCUUUUACCGCGAGACAUUCGACUACGCCAGCGCGCCGCCGCCCGAGAAGAGGCCCCCACGCAACUACCUCGCGCUGUACGAGACCGACCUUGAGGAACUUCUCAAGUCCAAGAUCCUGGCCGAGGGCGGCGUCAGGGCCGGCAGUCACUUGUUCCCGAACAAAUUUGACACGUUUGACAACGGCGAGUUCCACGCCAGGAAUUAUCGCCUCGUUCAGGACUUUGAUCCGAAGGGGUGGGGGAAUAAACCCGCCCCCUUCAUCGCCGUCGUCGAAAUGGAUCCCACCGCCGACGCCGAAGCCGACUUCGACAAAUGGUACCGCGAAGAACACCUCCCCCUGCUGGGCGAACUGCCCCUUUACCGACGCGGUGCGCGGUACGUGCUCGGGCCCAAGACGCCAACUUCGACCGUCGACGGCGCAGAGCCGGCAAGGUACCUCGCCGUUCAUCAAUGCGAUAGUCCUCGCACGUGGGAGUGUCCGGCGGGCGAGGCGGCGAAUAGCACGCCGUGGGCGCUGAAGCAUUUCACCGAGAGCAACGUCUUUGUCGCGAGGGGGUGGGAGUUGGUUCAUGCGGUGGAUGGCGGUCAGGGGACUAGCUAG